AUGCAAAUCCGUAAAAAUCGAGAUCGUAUUAUAAAAAUUUGUGCAACAUUACGAUUCUUAGCUCGUCAAAUGAGUUUACUUUUUAUUAUUUACAUAAGUUCUAAUCAAGGUAAUUUGUUGGAAAUUCUUCGCUGGGCAUCAGAAAAUGAUACUUUAAUUAAGGCAAUAUUUGACGAUUCAACAGGUAUACCACCUAUUUAA